AUGGAGAAUGUACCUUCUGAUAUGGAGAAUUUACCUUCUGAUAUGGAGAAUGUACCUACUGAUAUGGAGAACGUAACUUCUGACAUGGAGAAUUUACCUUCUGACAUGGAGAAUGUACCUUCUGAUAUGGAGAAUGUACCUUCUGAUAUGGAGAAUGUACCUUCUGACAUGGAGAAUGUACCUUCUGACAUGGAGAAUGUACCUUCUGACAUGGAGAAUGUACCUUCUGAUAUGGAGAAUUUACCUUCUGAUAUGGAGAAUGUACCUACUGAUAUGGAGAAUGUACCUUCUGAUAUGGAGAAUGUACCUACUGAUAUGGAGAAUGUACCUUCUGAUAUGGAGAAUGUACCUUCUGAUAUGGAGAAUGUACCUUCUGAUAUGGAGAAUGUACCUUCUGACAUGGAGAAUGUUCCUUCUGAUAUGAAGAAUGUUCCUUCUGAUAUGGAGAAUGUACCUUCUGAUAUGGAGAAUGUACCUUCUGAUAUGGAGAAUGUACCUUCUGACAUGGAGAAUGUUCCUUCUGAUAUGAAGAAUGUUCCUUCUGAUAUGGAGAAUGUACCUACUGAUAUGGAGAACGUAACUUCUGACAUGGAGAAUUUACCUUCUGACAUGGAGAAUGUACCUUCUGACAUGGAGAAUGUACCUUCUGAUAUGGAGAAUGUACCUUCUGAUAUGAAGAAUGUUCCUUCUGAUAUGGAGAAUGUACCUUCUGAUAUGGAGAAUGUACCUUCUGACAUGGAGAAUGUUCCUUCUGAUAUGAAGAAUGUUCCUUCUGAUAUGGAGAAUGUACUUCUGACAUGGAGAAUGAUAUGGAGAAUGUAA